CACAAUGCUUUUAUUUUCUCUACUCAAGAUAUAUGGCGGCGCGAAAUACAGGGUUGUACCAGGAAGUGAGGUGACGUUUUCACGCUGGAUAAAGUGACCUAUCAUCCACAUAAAAGGUGGACUUCUCAGAUAAAGUUUUUGGAUGGAGAAGUUGGAGCUGGGCGGUUCAGCAGCUGAUUGACCAUGGACACCCUGUCCAGCCACAGCUCCUACCUCCUGCAGCAGCUCCAGGAGCAGCGGAUUCAGGGUCUGCUCUGUGACUGCAUGCUGGUGGUCAAUAGUGUCUGCUUCAAAGCCCACAAAAAUGUCCUGGCUGCUUUCAGCUCCUAUUUCAGGUCAUUAUUCCAAAAUUCCCCCAGUCAGAAGAAUGAGGUGUUCAACUUGGUCAUCCAGGAUGUCAGUGGCAUCGGCCAAAUAUUGGACUACAUGUACACCUCCCAUCUUGACAUCAACCAAGAUAAUGUGCAAGCACUCCUGGACAUUGCUCAGUGUUUGCAGGUUCCAAAUGUUCAGAGCUUGUGUAAUGCUUUCCUCAAGCCUUGUCCUCCACCUGUGGAAAUCUCGUCAUUUUCUCUUCCGGGCAUGCUGACCUCUGAGCAUGACUGCCUCUUGGGGAGCAGUCUUCCUCAUGAGGUUGACCUCCACUGUCCCUCUGAAACCCAGAGGCCUAGCUUCAGCAGUGAUGUGGACCACACCAAACGGCUACCUGUUUCUGUGCCUAAUAGCAGCUCGAACUGUGACACAGCUAGCAGCACUCAGGCACCUGUAGAAAAACAGCUUGUCCAUGGCUACAAACUCCGUAACUUCUAUAGUAAGCAGUACUUCAAACAAAGUGCACUCGAGACUAGUAGUGCAGCCUUAAAUCAAGCCCCGUGCCCUUUGGUGCUGGUAGAAGAGAAGCAGUGUCAGCUCGGGGUCAUCCAGGAAGGCAGCAACACUCCCAUAUGCUCAGGAAACACAGUUCAGACCAAUCCUCCUUGCACAUCGGUGGCAGUCGAAAAGAACCCUGUCUUUUCUUUAACACCCUCAGAUAAUUUAAACACCCCCAAUGCUAACUCAGCAGACUCCAUGCUCAACAAACCAGUGCGCCCAAAGAAGGCUGUGUACCUGAAGAAAUACAACUACCUCCGAUCUCAGAAGGCAUUGGAGGAGUUGUUUGCUGAAUCAGUGAGUGAGCCUGUCCUCAGCUGUCCCAAAGAGAGUCACCAAGAAGAGUCUGUGAUCCAGACUGAAGCUUCAGAAGCUCCUAUUGAGGGCCUUAACUCAGACAGGGAGCAGGUUACAGAGACGGCAACAGAUGUGCAGCUUCCCAGUCCUCCACCUACAAACGAAGAAGAGCAAAAUCUGAAAACUGUGCCUGAGCCACCGCAGCAGAUAGGAAACAAGCAGUAUUGUUGCGAGGUGUGUGGGAAGAUCUUCAAACACCCGAGCAAUCUGGAGCUUCACAAGCGCUCACAUACCGGUGAGAAGCCCUUUCAGUGUAAUAUUUGUGGGAGAUACUUCUCACAGGCUGGCAAUUUACAGACACAUUUGCGGCGACAUUCUGGAGAGAAACCGUACAUCUGUGAGUUAUGUGGUAAAAGCUUUACUGCAUCAGGGGAUGUCCAUCGUCACAAAGUGGUCCACACAGGAGAGAAGCCACAUCUGUGUGAUAUAUGUGGUCGAGGAUUUAACAACUUGAGCAAUCUCAAGGAGCACAAGAGGACUCACACCACAGACAAGACAUUCACAUGUGACCAGUGCGGAAAAUCCUUCAACACGCACAGAAAGCUUCUGAAGCACAAGGCCCGUCACGCUGGGGAAAAACCACACAGCUGUGCCACAUGUGGGAAAUGCUUCAUUGGCUCAGGGGACCUGCAGCGUCACAUUAGGUCACACACUGGUGAGAAGCCCUACAUCUGCAAUGCCUGUGGAAAGAGCUUUACCCGCUCUGCCAUGUUGAGGAGACACCGCAACAUGCACUGCAAGGGGGCUCCAGCCGACAGACCCGUUACAGACAACUCUGACCCACCUUGUAGUUCAGAUGGAGUGGCCACGUUCCCCAAACCUGUCAGCCACAGUAAACCUCCUGCCGCAACCAGUGAGCAGCAUUUCCCCAACAUGAUGCCCCAUGCAGGGUUAGAGAAACCUUCACCGACUACUACUUCUCCACCACAUAUAGAGACUCCACCUCCCAGCAUGCACCUCAGCCCACCUUCUACCCCCACCCCCCUUCCAGAGCUGCGCUCCCUGGUACCCCAUCACCUCCUCUCCUCCAACCACCAGGAGAGAGGUACAGCAACAGACCACAUGAAGCUUGCCAAACCCCACCCGUCUCAGGAAGUUGUGUAUGGUCCGUAUGUGGAGAAUGGGAACAUGUCGGUGGAGAUGGGCAGAGGUGUAGUGGGGAGGCCCUACCUCCCUCCCACAGACAAUCACUGCAGUUCCCUCACUUCUUCCAGCAGGCCCAAUAGUGGCUCCUACAGGUCCACUGAAGGCCAGUUUAUCUCCAGUGUAACUCUCUGGGGCCUGGCAAUGAAAACGCUGCAGAAUGAGAAUGACAUGGAGCAGUAAAAUGUUGCAUCUUAUGAGAUAUCAGAUAAGCACAGCAUAGCCAGUUCAGAUGUUUUGCACUUGUCACUGAUAUUUAAUUAGUUUUGAUUGUUAUUACCUGGCUCUUGUUUGGUUAAACUGACCUGUAACACACAAACGGUAGCUUCUAUGUCUCCUAUGGUAAAACAAAAAAAUAGAACUAUGAUUUAUUCAUAACUAGAAACGUUUUAUUUACGUGUUCAGAGUUUUCACCAUGAAUCCAAACCAAAGUAAGAGCUUCCUAGUUUUUCUUAAAUGAAAGAAACCUGAAUCUCAGAAAAUCUCGAUAAUUGCUUUGCACAAACUUCCAAUGCUGUUGCUUUUCUGGCCCCAGUCAGUGAUGUCACAGCAGGUGUGCUCCAUCAGAUGUCACCAAGUGUAAAUAUAGAGAUGCAGCACAGCAGCAGUAUUUGACCUACUGGAACUCAGUUGGGAUUUAUCACUUAAGGUUUCAACUGUAAACAUCGCAGGAUGCGUCUCAGCUAAUCCAAGUGUUAAUUACACUCUUUCACUUUGUAUAUGCUGCAGUGCACUUUAACAUUUUAAAAUGCAUAUCUAUUUUCAACUAUCCGUGUCAUAUGUGGCUGUAUGAUAUUCAUAUGUGAA